AUGACUGCUUUUGGCAGUGAGUUCAAUGGAUUUCAAAGACAGUUGAACUCGGAGUUGCAACUUUUAUCCUCUGAGGCGAAGAAAAGGAGCUCUGCCAUCAAACAGGCCAGUGACAAGUCGAUCGAGAUCCUAAGGACAGUGAGAAAUUAUGAGGAGCUUUCCAACCGUUCAGAAUUUUUGGCUCCAUUCCUUAUGUCCUGCUCCUCAAAAAAUGCCAAAUUGACAUCAAUAUCAAUGCAAUGCUUGCAAAGAUUGUCGUCUACGCCAUCUCUAUCGAAAGACAAAUUAUCUGAUGUCCUAGAGGCAUUCAUUGUUGCUACUCAAUUAGCUCUGGACAUGAAGUUAAAAGUGUUACAGGUCCUUCCGAUUUUCUUCAAGAAUUACGCAUACGAUAUACAUGGUUCACUAUGCACCAAGAUGUUGCGGUGUUGCUCAAGCCUUCUCCAAUCGGCUAACAAGGCCCCAAUGGUUGUCGGGACUGCUAGUGCUACCCUGCAACAACUCAUAGAUGAGAUAUUCGAGCGACUUGUCCCAGAAGAGGACCAUGGAGAAGCCAAUACUGAAAAGGAUAAAAAAUUUGACGUGCUCAUCGGAAACAACGAGUCAAUAAAAGUAGACGUAUAUCGAUAUGAUGCCAAUAGACUCUUUGCGGACUUAUGCUCCUCUUUCGAACUGACAGACCAUUCAGGAGCUCUCAACAGAGUCCCCUUGCUUGACGUUAGGGACCUCCCUCUCGACUACGGGCUAGAAAUUUUGGAAUCUGUCAUGAAGAAUACUGAAUCACUUUUCCUUAUAUACGAGGACCUUCAAUUUCUGCUAAGGACUAAAACCGUUCCAUUCCUGUUGCGCUGUAUGUCGUCCAGCAAAAGUUUUCCUACUGUUCUGAGAAGUUAUAGGUGCAUAAAACUGUUAAUUAAGAAAGAGUUUUUGUCGAUUUUAGAGCUUGAAAUGGAAGUGGUUCUCUCCUUGUUGAUUCAUAGUAUAUCGGCGGAUACAGAUUCUCCACAUUGGAAGAAAGUUUUAUCACUUGAGCUAUUCCUAGACGCUUCCCAUGAUUUUGAAUUACUUUGUGAUAUAUUCAUGAGCUACGACAAUUAUCCCGAUAGGAAACAUAUACUUACGAGCCUUCUUCGUGAGUUUCUUCGACUGCUGGCAUCGGAGGACAUGCAAAAUUGCCUUUGCGAGGCUCCUAUAGUCAAAAAAAUGGAUAUGCCCAUAAUAUCGAGCGAGACGUUUGAUAAUAGAACUCAGUUUGUUCACAUGCUCGAUAAAACACACCCACCAUCAGUCACUUACACAUACAUUAUUUGGCUCAUAUUGAAUAUAUCAAAUGAAUGGUCAAAUGGGCUCAGCCUGAGGGCUCUAGAGGUCACCGAAACGAGUGAGGGCAAAGAAGUUACUGAGCACUAUGAAAACCUGAGGUUAUUCUAUAACGGCAUUUUCCAGGACCUUUACAGUAUCAACAAGAUGUUUUUGUACUCCACAUCAUUGGACACUCCUCUUUUCCAUUCGCUAAUACGAGCUUUUCAAAAGUUGGCGCACGCAGCCGGUAUUCUGUCGAUGGACGAGAACCUGAACAAAUGCCUUAGACUCUUUUCUCUCUCAAUUUUGAUGAACGAAACCUUAGGUAUUGAAGCUUCGAAGAUCGACCAGCCUCUGCAAUCUGCAGUCCUCAACCCAAUGAAUGAAUCACAUAAAGGAUCUAAUGCUCCAGAAAAUACCCAGCCAAUCAAAAAGCAGUUACUUUCAAGAAAUAUCAACCAACGACGUAUUAGUCUCUUUAGAGCUUUGAUAUCUCUAUCCGUAUCCUUAGGUCAGGCAUUGUCUCCGGAUAGCUGGACAUUCGUGCUUAGGACGUGGCAAUGGAUUUCCUACUACCUUUACGGUCCUUCGGCAGACUUUAUGGAAGAUUUCUAUUUGGAAGAUGUCCCUCGCCCCCCAGCAGUCGGUAAAAACGAAGUGAUAUCCAUAGAAAACAGCAUCAGACGACUAUUGGAGAGUACAAUUACGUAUUCCGAUUGUGGAUUCCGCGUGCUCGCAGAAAGAUUGAUUUAUGAGUCUAAUCAAACAAUAGCCAUUGGUAGUGGCUCGGCUGUGACGGCAACAGAUAAUGACCCAACCUAUCCAUUCAAUCAAGGGGUCAUACAGGACUGUUGUUAUAACAAAACGUUCUUCAUAACUCAGUUGAGUGAACUGGCUAUCUUUAAUUUUGACAGAUUUCUGAGUACGCCAAAUGGCUGGGAAAAGUGGAAAGUGAUAGCAAGCUACUUUACUCGCCUGAUUUCUGAUCGUGCAAUACCUGCCGUGGCCAUUCGACUGUAUGCUUCUAAGGCUUUGACAGAUAUCAUCAGGAAAACAUGCAUUGAGAUUGGAGAGAUAGAAGACCAGAAUUUACGUUCCGAAAAAUUCCAGAAGUCCGAAAACAUGAUUAUAGGAUCCUUAAUAGACUCCAUUGACUCACUUAAAGUUCUGGAAAUUACCAAAGACACAAUUUAUAGUGGAGUCGUGAGAGUAGAAUCAGAAAUUCUUUUACAAAUUCUUUCGACUCUCAAAGAUGUCUUGAAUGAAUUCGGAGACAUACUGAGUUCAACUUGGUCGACAGUUUUCCAAAUUGUUAAUUCACCAUUCGAAUGGGACACAAAGGACAUGAGCAACCUUCUAGCAGAACACGAGGAUGGUGAUGAUGGUUCAUUGCUCAUUGGCAUAAUUCAAAAGCAUACCGAUAUGAUACAGGUGUCAUUUGAUGUUUUCAAAUUAAUAUCAGAUGACUUUUUGCAGGCUCUACCCCUAGAUGUUCUGAAAUUUGUUAUUGACACCAUCGUGCACUUCGUAACACAGAAACAAAAUUUGAACAUAUCAUUUUCUUCCAUCAGUCAAUUUUGGCUGAUUGGGGAUUACCUUAGAACCCAAGAAAAAGAAGAGCAGAAAAGCUGUCCAGAUGAAGUACGCCUAGAAUUUACUAAAGAGAUUCAAGCUGGAAAUCUGGAAAAGAUUAUUUCCGCUGAUGAUUCGCUACCGUACGCUAUGUAUAACGGUUUAUGGUUAUACCUGUUAAAAAAACUGAUCGAGUGCUCAAAAGAUGAGAGGAGUGAGGUCAAGAAUGGAGCAAUUCAAACGUUCUUCAGGAUUGUAGACUCGCAUGCUGCGUAUUUUCCCCAAUGGAACCUUAUUUUUUUGGAAGUCAUUAAACCAUUAUUGACCGCUGAAUGUGAUAAAAACCAACUUGCGGUAGACGUCGAAUUUUGGAAUCAUACUCUGGUGGGUCUCGUGAAACUUUAUCCUUCGUGCUUCGCUAAUUUCCAUGACAAUGACUCAGCAGUGAACCAGUGGCUACUCUUUUUGGAGUUUUUACAAUCUUUAUUCAGCUCUGGAUCCACAGAAAUAUCAUAUGUGGCUAUAAUGAAUUAUCGAAACUUGUUGAAAGCCAUGGUGGGCAUCAAUGACCUACCUGCAGAAGUUUUGAAUAAAAGCAUUUCAAUUUGGAGCAAUUAUAACCUUGUCUACAACAACCUUUCGCUAUCAAACACGCAAACGAAUAAGACAGGCUAUGAUUGUAUAAAUGAGCUCAUUGUAUCAUUUCCUUAUUUGUAUGAGAUUAUUACGAAGUACCAAGGGAUGUCAGUUGAGUUUGUUGAGAAAGCGUUAGGUCUUUUUAAUUCUGCCGUUCGAUAUCCAUUACUGCCCGAACACACAAAAGACAAUACCAAGCCAUCAUCAUUACAGUCAGCCGUGCUAAAAGGACUAAAUAUAUUCGAUAAAUCGCAAGAUAGUGAGGUGGAAAUUCUGAUCCUUUAUCAAUUGAGUAUGAUAAUUACGUUGCCCUUCGAAACUCGUGAAAAAAUCGAGAGAAAACUCUUACCCAAGCUCCCGCAAUCGUCAGUAUCAAGAAUCCCAACUUUCGAGGCUAUUAGUGCCCAAGCACUAAAAUCUUUAAAUGAUAGACUUGAGCUAGAGAGUGAUGAUGCUUGGUCAUUUCUGCAAGAAAAACACAUGAUCAAAGUUUACAGGAACCUUGGUGAAGUAGUGCGUCGAAAAUCAUUGAUAGCCGCUAACCCAAAUAGUGAGAUACCGAUAUAUGAGAUAGCCUCUCAGCUGUUCAGAAAAUUGUCAAGUAAAAUGUUUGGCGCUUUAUCUACCCCCGGCGUCUCCGAUAAGGUACAGGAUGAUCUCAGCGAUGUCUUCAUCAACGUUGCUAUAUCUUUUUUAAGAAGAACUGAACCUGUUGUGGAUAAGAAAACCGAUGCGUGCGAUGCAGAUGAGUUUUCGAAGUUCAGAGAUCUUCUUCUAGAAAAGGAAGUGAUAUCUUUUAUUAGAGACGAACAAUUGACUGUAUUUGUCUCUGCAAUAUGGUCUGGCUCUUUCCUGUACGAAAAAGAUGAAAUCGAAGAGGAAAUACUUGGAGAAAGCGAAUCUUUAGUCCAACUCGCAGUGAACUUGUCCUGCUUUGAUUUCACUAACACCGCAGGUUUAACAAUCGAAACACCUGUGCUCAGCAAAACGCAUUGCUCAGUAGGCUGUCUCAAGGAUUUAAUACACUUUGUACAGCUAUCUGAUGAGGAAUACAAGCUGCUAAGAACCCUCUGCAUGCCUUAUUUGGUUUCGAGAAUAGCAUUCGUUCUCCGGCGGUUUAUAUCGAAUGAAUCUUUAGUCGGCCGGGCACCAAUACCUAAAAUUCGCAAAGUUGAGCUUGAAAUCAUGAUUCGAGGGCUGCAUAAUAUCAUAGAAAGCCUUCUACAAAAUCCUAGAUUUUGGAAGGGAUCAAUGUCCCAGAGUUUGGAGGUAUUACGUCCACUGAUACUUAGGGCAAUACCCAUCUCACAUAAGCUUAAAGUCCUACAGAAAGAAAUUUUGGAGUUAUCACUUGGCUUCACUAAGCUUUUGUCGGAUGUAGAACGUCAAUAG